AUUAACAAGUCGUAAAAUUUACUGCAAUGCUAUUCUAACAAUUAAAUUAAAAAAAAAUAACCUUCAAAUUUCGUAAAAUUUUAAUCUCUUUCAUUCUCUUUAUUAAAAUCCGUACUACAUAAAAGACUACUUCACCAUGAGACCUAAUGUUGUACCACCAGCUAAUGAACCAUUAAACAAUCCAGUUUAUAAUAACGCACCUAAUGGUCCUUAUUGCAAUAUGUAUUAUGGAUCUGGGCAAGGUAUAAGAAACCCAAAUGGUUAUACUGGAACACAUGGUAAUUACCCACAAGCAUAUACAGUACCUUAUCCCCCUAAUGCAUAUCAAGUACCUCCCUCGUCCUAUCCCCCUAAUACUUCUUAUACUGCUCCAACCCCGACAUAUAUUCCUCCAUAUAAUCAACGACCUUUGCCACCUCAACAUAAUUAUGACCCUGAAGCCAAUACUUGUCCACCUUUUUCAAAUGAACCGGUUAAAACGUAUUUCGAUGAAUCAACAAGUAUCAUGAUUCGUCAUGCUUUUAUUCGAAGAGUUUAUUCAUUACUUUCGGUACAACUUUUGAUUUCAUUCUCCAUUAUUUCAGCGGUCCGUUACAUUCCAUCGCUUUCUCAAUUUAUGCUAGAACACAGAGGUUUUAUUUUUAUACCACUAAUACUUUUAACCGUUUUAAUACUUGUUGCAAUGUGUAUCCCAAGCCUUUUAAGAAUGCAUCCUCUGAAUCUUAUUAUACUUUGCAGUAUUUCAGGUUUAUUUGGCUUAGUAUUAAGUAGCAUUGUGAUUGAGACUACACAAAAAACUUUUUUACUCGCUAUUGGCAUAACAUUAUUCAUAUUUUUAGCGCUAACGGUUUUUGCUUUUCAAACAAAAUACGAUUUUACUGGAUACGGAGUCUAUUUUUUCGUUGCGGGAAUAACGUUUUUUCUGGUAUCUAUAAUAGGUAUUUUCAUCAAGAGUCGAGUGUUUCAUUUAGUUCUUGCUUAUAUUGGUGUGGUUCUUUUCUCAUCCUACAUUAUUUACGAUACACAACUUAUCGUUGGUGGACAAAAAAAACAUCAGUAUUCUAUUGAUGAUUAUGUAUUUGCAACAUUAUCAUUGUAUCUUGAUAUUAUGAAUUUAUUUCAAUACGUUCUUACUAUUUUAACUUUAAGCGACUCGUAGUUUCAAAAAAAAUAUUAUUUUUUCUUACUUACCAAAAUUAGUGUUCUAAAUAAUUUAAAAAAAAAAUUUAUACUAAUAAAGAAAUAAUAAAUAUAUUUUUUAUAA